UCCGGAACACGUCAGUGUCAGCAGCCAAUCAGCAGCCGCCAACUGUGUUUACGAUUGGCGAGGCCGCUGCUGACGACGGUCAGACCGACGUCCCUUUAAGGUCCUCGUUGUAGUCCACAUUGUAUCCGUGUGGGAGAUACAGCACCCGGCGACUUUUGUGGCCUGCUGACGAUCCGAGGGACACCUGGAGAGAGAGAGAGAGAAAGCGUGGGAGUGAGACGGAGACGUGGUCGUCUAUUAUUAUUAUUAUCAUUAUUAUUUUGUUUAUUAAUUUCAUCGGCUUAAGGAUCACAAGAUGAGACUACAGUGGUGUUUAAUCGCAGCCUUCUUUUUGUCAGGCUUCACAGUUGCUACCUCACUGAAACUCGAAGAAUGCGAAGUCUGCAUUACCUACAUCACAAAAUUCAGCGAAACAUUGUCAUCUGACGAAAAAUCAAGCCAUUUGAAGAUAGAGGCAAAAUUUAAAGAUUUCUGUAGAACUAGUAAAGGGAAGGAUAACCGUUUCUGCUAUUAUGUUGGAGGGCUUGAAGAAUCUGCAACAGGUAUUUUGAAUGAGAUGUCAAAGCCUAUGUCCUGGGGAGUGCCACCAGAGAAAGUGUGUGAAAAGUUGAAGAAAAGAGAUGCACAGAUUUGUGAAUUAAGAUAUGAGAAGCAGAUUGACCUGAACAAUGUAGAUUUGAAAAAACUUAAAGUACGGGACUUGAAGAAGAUUCUGAAUGAUUGGGACGAGACCUGUGACGAUUGUCUGGAGAAGGGCGACUACAUCAAGAGAAUUGAAACCCUUAAACCUCAGUAUGUGCGUGGUGAACUGUAAUGUAGAACUAUCUAGGAUAUUGUAAUUUCUGUAUGCCAGUGUUGAAGUUCAUAUAAAAUCUUGGUUGUGUGAGUGCUUUGAGUUUUCUCGAUGAAACUUUUAUCAAUCUAAUGGAUUUUUAGAUUGGUGUAGAACAAGAUGGCAGGAAGAAAGGCAAGGUUAUUUUUGUACUAGAGCUUUAUUGGAAGGUUCAUGGUAAUAAUGAAAGUGCAUUUUUUUCAAAUUUAACUUUUGCAUAAGUUGUGAAUGCAGUUAUUUUUUGCCCUUGGCAGAAUACCAAGAUUUAUUUUCAAGAUUAGUCGCAGUUAAGCAGUAAUUUUCCUUUGUGAAAUUCUAUUUUUUGUCAAAUCAAAUCUCAGGAGGAACGAUUUGUGUAAGAUUACAGGCUUUUGAAUUCUCUGUUUAGUUUGAAUGAAGCUGGCUAUGAUUUUUUCAUGUUUGUGUGAAAUAAGUUUCUUGGAUUGUUCGUUUUCAAGUUUAUUGUGGCACAAACUUGAACUUGAUACCAAAAAUGAGAAUUUUAUAACUUAUUGUUAAUAAAGCUUUUGUACUAU